GGAGCUCCUUACCUACUACUACCUGGGAUUGAUUCAGGGAGCAGGAAAAUUCUGAAUAUGACUGGAAAAAGUUGGAUAUUAAUUUCUACUACUACCCCCCAAAGUCUGGAAGAUGAAAUUGUGGGGAGACUUCUAAAAAUUUUGUUUGUUUUAUUUGUUGACCUAAUAUCUAUUAUGUAUGUUGUUAUAACUUCUUAG